CGCGGGUCAGGCUCGCGGGGUCUUCUGUAAGAGGCGAGCUCCGGCGGCGGAGCGUCAUUCGGCGGCGGUCUCGAGAUGACAGGAGAGGGUUUAGUCUCAUUUAACAUGAUAUUUAGUGUCACAUCAUGAGUUAAUGUUGAGAUAAAGUUUGAUUUUAAUCGUAAUCCUCGACUCAGGGAGCGGAAGAGCGCGGAAUAUCGACCCGUGAUCGGUUAUUGAUCGUCAUGCCGCCCAUCGAGAGUGACGCGGGACGCGAGCAGAUCCGAUCGAAGAUCAAAGAGAUGAUCGAUUCUCAUCAAGUGCUGGUGUUCAGCAAGAGCUUCUGUCCCUACUGCGUCAAGGUGAAGGAGCUCUUUAAAGAGCUGAAUGUCAAGUGUAAUGCAGUAGAGCUGGACCUGAUGGAGGACGGAACAAACUACCAGGACUUGCUGCAUGAGAUGACGGGGCAGAAAACCGUCCCCAACGUCUUCAUCAACAAGAAACACAUCGGAGGCUGUGACAACACCAUGAAGGCACACAAAGAUGGCGACCUGCAGAAGCUGCUGGGUGAAGGCAGUAAGGCGUACGACUGUGAUCUCAUCGUCAUUGGCGGUGGUUCUGGAGGUCUGGCCUGCUCAAAGGAAGCAGCCGCCUUGGGGAAGAAGGUCAUGGUUCUGGAUUAUGUUGUUCCCACACCGAAGGGCACAUCCUUUCUUGGUCUUAAUGUAGAUUUCUUUUGUCUUUCUCCUGUUUUCAUCCACAUUCUCCUCAAAUAUUGGCUUUUUAUUAAAGUGACUCACAACUGGGAGACGAUGAGGACCGCGGUGAAUAACUACAUCGGUUCACUGAACUGGGGCUACAGAGUUUCCCUACGAGACAAAAACGUCAAUUACGUCAACGCUUACGCUGAGUUUGUGGAGCCGCACAAGAUCAAGGCAAGUGUGUUCACGGGUCGUGACGCCUGUACAGGAAAGAUCGGUCUGGACAAGGCUGGAGUUAAAGUCAAUGCCAAGAACGGGAAGAUCCCAGUGAACGAUGAGGAGCAGACCAGCGUUCCUCACAUCUAUGCCAUUGGAGACAUCCUGGAGGGGAAGUGGGAGCUGACGCCUGUGGCCAUUCAGGCCGGGAAGCUUCUGGCUCGCCGACUGUUCGCUGGAGCAUCUCUGAAGUGCGAUUAUGUGAACGUUCCCACCACCGUCUUCACGCCGAUGGAAUACGGCAGCUGUGGUUACCCAGAGGAGAAGGCCGUCGAGAUCUACGGACAGGAGAACCUCGAGAUCUAUCACAGUCUGUUCUGGCCUCUGGAGUUCACCGUUGCCGGCCGAGACAACAACAGGUGCUACGCCAAGAUCAUCUGCAAUAAACUUGACAACGAUCGUGUGAUUGGCUUCCACUAUCUGGGUCCUAACGCUGGCGAGGUCACACAGGGCUUCGGAGCCGCCAUGAAAUGUGGAAUUACCAAAGACCAGCUAGACAACACCAUCGGGAUUCACCCGACAUGUGCUGAGAUAUUCACCACCAUGGAGGUCACCAAGAGCUCCGGCGGAGACAUCACUCAGUCCGGCUGCUGAGGUUAAACCCUGCUCGUUUAACAGGCUGUCAGGACUAGUUUAACUUGGUUUAUUCUAGUGAUUUAUCCCUCUCCUCUUGGCAUAAACACACUUGAGUCUCUUAAAAUAAUCUCGGGUCAUCAAAACUCAUGAUCCGCCCUGCCUUCACAAGGCUUUUGUGUCUCACUGUUGUUCCCCAUAAAUGUCACCCUUUACAAACCAUGUGAUCGUUUCCACAUGUGUGCACAUUGUGGGCGGAGUCUGGGAGCAGCAGUAAGAUGGAGGCGGGGCUUCGCUUGCUAAGAGACCAGUGAUUGGGGGAGGAGAUGAUGAUUGACAGCCUGUUAGACAGCGGGGUUACUCUGCUUUAACUGAUUGUCUGAGUCAGAAAUGCACCAGAUCCGUCUGUGCUUACACUUUUCUUUCAUACACGCGCGCGUUUGGUGCUCUGUGACGUUUUAACCCUUACCCCACGUUCAGUGGCGGGUUACGACUGAUGUUUUCUGUACUUGGGUUUUAAAUUGAUAAACACAUGUUAACAUCGACUACACUGAUCUUUGGCCUUUGACUCACGAUGGCCGCAUACUUUAAUUUCUUUUGGUUGUAGGAGUCUAUUUUUCUAUAUUUAAUAGUGGUUUGUCUCCAGUUGCUCUGCAUCAUUCCACGUCAGGAUCCUAGUAAGACGGAUUUCACUUCCCGCUCAUUAUUUUCUGAUACAGUGGUCGAGUAACUGAGACGUGAUCGAAGCGCAAACCAAAUGCAGCAUGUAGAUGCUUCCUCAAAGUGUUUAAACUAAGAAAAAGAAGCACUUAGAAAUAUCAAUAAAAUGUGUAUGUUCAUAUUUUUAUAAAUAUCACUGGAUUGCAUGCAUCUGUAUGGAGGAUUCAUUCAAAUAUAAAUGCAUGUUUUUAACUUUUGGCGUUUAUUUGCUCUCUGGAUCAUUUUGUCCUUUCAUCUCGUAUCAUUCACUCCCUUUUGCUUUCUAAGCAUUGUUUAAGCAUCCGUUCUUUUACUGUCACUCAGCACCUGAUGAAUGUACAAGAUUUCCAUAGCAUCUCUGUUCAGAUUCUAUUCAUGAACUUUAAUAAAACUAUGUACACUACUUUAA